AUGCCCUAACAACACGGUAUGUAUACAACAAUUUGGUAUCUUCCUCUUCCAUACGUCUUUGUGCAAUUUUACAAAAUAAUAGUUGUCGUGUUGUCGGCGGGUUUAGUCGUUUUAACCAAUGAUUCAUAUAUUUGUACGCGUCACUCUAUCAUCAGUUUAAACUAUGCACCCAACAAUUAUUGUACUUGAUUUCUGAAAAACAGUUUUGUAUAUAAAAUGAAUUAAUAUUUGCCAAGUCUAAUUAUGAGUUAGCAAAGCAAACCAUAUGAUACCCGUGAAAACUUAAUAACUUAUGAAAAUCAUAACCUAAAAGAAAAAAAUGAAAACACAUGCACAUAUUCUAGUAAGAUAUAACCUUGUGGUGCACAAAAAAAAACAUAUGACCUUGUGAAUAUGAAAAAGAAAAGUACAACUUUACAAAGCUAAAUUUGCCAAACAUAAAAAAUCCAUUGCAUAUCAUAUGAGCUAAAAAUACACACUAUGUUUAUAAUGUCAUAUAAAACCCUCAUAUUGUUUGGGAAAUAUUGAAAAAUAUAUAUUCAGAUAUUCUUAUAGUACAUAAAUUUUUGUUAAUGUACAACAGUUUUGGUUACUCGAUUUCCAUAAAGGUUUGAAGAAAUAUUUAGAAGAAUCAUGAUACUAAUGAUAAUCUUGUGAUUAUAUAAUAUAAAACAUUCAUGACACCAAUGGUAAUAUAUAUUGUGAAUACAUUAUCAUUUGUAUCAUGGAUCUUCUAGAUCCAUUAUACGUACUCCUCAUGUUGUUUUUUGAAUCACCCGGAUCCUUUUCCAAAACAUUUUAAGGUUUCAUAUGAGGAAAUCAAAAUCAUUUAUAGAAAUAAAAUUUAUGUUUUUAUUACAUAAGAUAUUAACUCAAUUGCAUAAAUUUAUUUCAAAAUUUUCCAAGUUGCUUAAUUGUUUUGUUCGUUUCGUAAUAAUGUGGUCCACUACCGAACGACCAAAGCUAGAUUGAAUAAUGCGUCUAAAUAAUAAAGAAAAAUACUUAAGAUUGUCAAUAACGUAAAUCAUGACCAGUUAUUAAUCAACAAGAAGACGGCCACGUUAUAAAAUUUGUAUUACAGCUAUACAUAUAACAAAUACAUUCACUAUAGAUUUCCGUAACUGUACUUACGUGCACAUAGAUAUUAUCUUCCCUAUAUAUAUAGAGUACAAAGACGUGUUUUGUUUUCGCUCAAACCAACUCAUCUUUUUCUUUAUUUCUCUCCUUAGUCUUCGCUUCUUUUCCAACAAAAAGACUCCAUAGUUAUCUCCACAAGAAACAGAAAAGAUCUAUAGAUAUUUCAAAUCUCAAGCAGCAUUUCUUUUUUGCUCGUAUUUUCCCCAGAAUUUCAGGCAUAAUUAAGCAAGCUCGACGUGACUCUGGUUGCGGGGUUCAUAAUCGCCAGGGGAAUAUUUGCUAAAAAAGAUUAUUAACAAUGGAGGGGAGAUCAAAUUGUGUGCAAAUAGAAUUAGAAGAAGAGCUGCCAACAUUACUGAGAACAGCCACGACAGAAGAAAUGGUUGGCUUUGACAAUUACAAGGAUAAUAAUCUUCCUCUUCCACGCUUCAUCAGUCGCUUUCAUCCUUAUCAUGCAUCCACGACUACUUUGAAUGGUCAAGAAGCAGCAAGAUCAUCAAUGGAAGCUCAUCGUAGCUAUAUUGAGGAUCUCAAAGAGACUGCACCAUGGAUGCAGAUCAAUCAUCAAAGAAAACCAUCACUUUCAAUGCCAACUUCACCAAAUAUUCUCAUGAUAUCCGAUCCGACAUCAACGUCUUCCGACAACAACAACACUGUAUCGACUGGAAAGUCAGUCAAGUUCAUCUCUCAGCCGAUGGCCAAAGUGUCAUCUCUCUACAUAGGAAGCGGCAAUGAUGAUGAUGAUGGUCGUCGUCAUGACAAUCAUCAUCAUCAGCAACAUCAACAACAGAGUGGUCAACUUCAAAAUCAAAACCCGGGGAUGCAUAAGCUUAAGGAUCACAGGUACACCUCGUUCAAGACUUGGUCAGGGAAACUGGAGAGACAGUUUACAAGAAAACCAGCUGCUAUUGAACCGGAGACACCAAACCGGCCUAAGGAGAAUAUAAAUACUAAUGAAGCCAUGCCUGUGGACCGUUACUAUGAUGCCUUGGAAGGUCCUGAAUUAGAGACUCUCCGGCCUCUAGAAGAAAUCGUUCUACCAAGUGAACAAACGUGGCCGUUUCUUCUUCGUUACCCCAUAUCAACCUUCGGUAUGUGCCUUGGAGUGAGCAGCCAAGCCAUAAUGUGGAAAACCCUAGCCACUGCCGAGCCAACCAAGUUCCUCCAUGUGCCCCUAUGGAUCAACCAAGCUCUCUGGUUCAUCUCAGUCGCUUUAGUCUUUACCAUUGCCAUCAUUUACCUCCUCAAAAUCAUCCUCUACUUCGAAGCCGUACGCCGUGAAUACUACCACCCCAUCAGAAUCAACUUCUUCUUCGCUCCUUUCAUUUCAUUACUCUUCUUAGCCCUCGGGGUCCCACCUUCCGUAAUGACAGAACUGCCACAGUUCCUGUGGUACCUCCUCAUGUUUCCUUUCAUCUGCCUUGAGCUCAAGAUUUACGGUCAAUGGAUGUCCGGUGGUCAACGCAGGCUCUCCCGGGUCGCCAACCCUACGAACCAUCUGUCAAUCGUCGGGAACUUUGUGGGGGCGUUGCUUGGUGCAAGCAUGGGACUUAGGGAAGGUCCAAUGUUUUUCUACGCUGUUGGGAUGGCUCAUUACUUGGUUCUGUUCGUGACACUAUACCAAAGACUACCUACCAACGAGACUUUGCCUAAAGAUCUUCACCCUGUCUUUUUCCUUUUUGUUGCGGCCCCGAGUGUUGCUUCCAUGGCUUGGGCUAAGAUCACUGGCUCCUUUGACUAUGGCUCCAAAGUUUGUUACUUCAUCGCCAUUUUCCUCUACUUCUCUUUGGCUGUGCGGAUUAAUUUCUUUCGUGGAAUCAAAUUUUCGUUGUCUUGGUGGGCGUAUACAUUUCCAAUGACCGGAGCUGCAAUUGCAACCAUCAGGUACGCAACAGUAGUGAGGAGCACUAUGACUCAAGUCAUGUGUGUGAUCCUCUGUGCUAUAGCAACACUAGUCGUUUCGGCACUGCUAGUGACUACCAUCAUCCAUGUCUUUGUCCUCGGCGAUCUUUUUCCUAAUGACUACGCCAUAGCCAUCAGCAACCGCCCGAGACGCAAACAGACUAGCCACCACCGGUGGCUCGACCAACUAAGAAACGUAAGCUCAGAGAACAUCGAGAAUUUCUUGAAAUUCACAGACUCCGACAGCAGUCAGAGUAAUGAUCUAGAAGCUGGGAAUGGAAAAAUUCAAGAGAACGAUUCGGCUUAAAAAAAACAUAAACAGUUUUCAUAACCCCUGGUUUAAUCGAGUCAUCGUAUCCAAGUUUUGGUUUUGAGUUGUUGUCAGUGUCUCUGACACAAGUGAGGAACCUAGUAACGUAACUGUUGGUUGCUAUGGUUCUAAUGAGCAUGUGUGAACCAGCAGUAAACCAGUGAAAGCGGUUAUGAGAAUACUGUAUGUAAACUUGUUUUGUUUCAAUAAAUAAAAUAUUUUUGAGGGUUUAUCAUUA